CAAAUAAGUUGUCCAACUACUUUUGAGAAUUUGAUCAUCUUCACUCGAAGUAGUACAAUGCUUCAAACGACUUGCAUCGUGGCUAUGCCUAUGCCUGUGGCAUUUCCCUGUUUUCGGAGUCGACCACAUGUCCUGCCUCUUCGGACCGCAAGGACCUUUAAACCACUCGCAUGUCUCAAACUAAAAGAAAGCAAACGAGUGUUCAAGCUCCAUGAGAUUGAACUUAAAGUUCGCGAUUAUGAAUUAGAUCAAUUCGGUGUUGUGAACAAUGCUGUUUAUGCAAACUACUGCCAACACGGUCAACACGAGUAUAUGGAGAGUAUCAGUAUCAAUUGCGAUGAAGUAUCCCGUUCUGGUGAAGCCUUGGCAAUCUCUGAGUUGACAAUAAAGUUUAUUGCACCUUUACGUAGUGGAUGCAAAUUCGUGGUGAAAUCGAGGAUAACGGAUGUAUCCAUUGCGCGCAUUUACUUCGAACAGUUCAUCUUUAAACUUCCAAAUAAAGAGCCUAUAUUGGAGGCAAAAGGAAUGGCUGUGUGGCUUGACAACAAGUACCGUCCCGUUCGUAUCCCAUCUCACAUACGCUCAUAUUUUGGUCACUGACAACACCAAAACGUUGUUGAUUGAUCGUGCAUUACAGGGCACGACUUA